UUGUGUUGGAAGUAUUGUGUUCUUUAUCGCACAUGCCUUUUUAGACUUAAUAUAACAUCCAUGUCAUUAUACUUAGCCACAAUUUGGAAAAUAGGCAAUUUAUAUAUCCCUGUGUUCCUGCGUAUAGGCUAAAAUAAAUAGUUACAUUGUCCGAGUAGUUUGGCUGUUCCAUUUGCUCAUAUUUUUGAGUGGGCUUUUCAAUCGGUUACAGUUACAGUAGGCUACCCGCUGGACUGCUUCUGUUGCGGCCACUAGGGCCUUCCAUGGCGAUGUCCACUGGUUGUUGGCUGGUGGUGCGUCUGUAGCUGUGUGUGAGGAGGGCAGCCUACUGAGCCUAGGCGGUCUUUAGCCUCAGUCUGAUCUGAGCAUGUAGGCUGGAACCAUAAACACAUCCUGAAGCAAGCGUUUACCCUAGUAAACCCCACAGCACCGAGACAUGCUACAUCCCCAUGAGCUCAGCCGCGGACGUAUGUUCUUGGAUAGAUCUCGGUUCUUAUAGCGCCAGUUAUAGGUUUGAGAAGCGGGAGGAGAUGACGGCGAGGAAAGCCGCUUUUCAACCGCUGUCCAGCUCUCGCAUCCCGGAGAGGAAGGGAGCGGCUGACCGGGGGAAGACUAACUCCGACUGGUCUUAUCCUUUCUCCCAACAGGAGCCGGAGAAAGGCCAAUCAACAGCAGGGAUCCAUGCCCAUGUGGUGGGGGCUGUCGGGGGCUCUGGGGCCGUGGAUGAGUCGUCAGACAGCGAGGGAGAACAAGAAGGCCCGCAGAAACUCAUUCGGAAAGUGUCGACCUCCGGACAGCUCAGAAGCAAGACCAGUGUGAAAGAGGGAUUGUUGCUGAAACAGACAAGCUCAUUCCAGAGGUGGAAAAAACGCUAUUUCAAACUGAGAGGACGAACACUCUACUAUGCCAAAGAUGCCAAGUCACUGAUAUUUGACGAGGUGGACCUAUCUGAUGCCAGCGUGGCUGAGUCCAGCACUAAGAAUGUUAACAACAGCUUCACGGUGAUCACUCCGUUCCGCAGGCUCAUCCUCUGCGCAGAAAACAGGAAAGAGAUGGAGGACUGGAUCAGCUCGCUGAAGUCCGUCCAGUCCCGAGAGCAUUACGAGACAGCACAGUUUAAUGUGGAACAUUUCUCAGGGAUGCACAACUGGUAUGCCUGCUCCCACGCACGGCCCACCUUCUGUAACGUCUGUAGGGACAGCCUCUCUGGCGUCACCUCCCACGGCCUGUCCUGCGAGGUGUGUAAAUUCAAAGCUCACAAGCGGUGUGCCGUCAGGGCCACCAACAACUGCAAAUGGACCACACUGGCCUCUAUAGGCAAAGACAUCAUCGAGGACGAGGAUGGGAUCGCCAUGCCCCACCAGUGGCUGGAGGGAAACCUGCCUGUUAGUGCCAAGUGUGCUGUGUGUGACAAGACCUGUGGCAGCGUGCUCCGACUGCAGGACUGGCGCUGUCUCUGGUGCAAAGCCAUGGUACACACAGUGUGUAUGGACCUGUACCCCAGGAAAUGUCCGCUGGGCCAGUGUAAAGUCUCUGUCAUCCCUCCUACUGCCCUCAACAGUAUCGACUCUGACGGCUUCUGGAAGGCCACCUGUCCCCCGUCCUGCGCCAGUCCUCUGCUGGUCUUUGUCAAUUCCAAGAGCGGAGACAACCAAGGGGUUAAAUUCCUCCGACGUUUCAAGCAGCUCCUCAACCCUGCUCAGGUGUUUGACCUGGUCAACGGAGGACCACAUCUAGGGCUGCGUCUCUUCCAGAAGUUCGAUAACUUCCGGAUCCUGGUGUGCGGAGGGGAUGGGAGUGUAGGCUGGGUCCUCUCUGAGAUAGACAAACUCAACCUCCACAAACAGUGCCAGCUGGGAGUUCUCCCCCUGGGUACUGGGAAUGACCUGGCGCGGGUGCUGGGCUGGGGCCCGUCGUGUGAUGAUGACACGCAGCUGCCCCAGAUCCUGGAGAAACUGGAGCGGGCCAGCACCAAAAUGUUGGACCGCUGGAGCAUCAUGACCUACGAAAUGAAGAUCCUUUCCAAACACAGCGGGCCUGUCACGCCCGACGACACUGACCAUGACCAGUUCCAGAUCUCAGCCUAUGAAGACUCGGUAGCUGCCCAUCUCACCAAGAUCCUCAAUGCUGACCAAAACUCUGUGGUCAUCUCCUCUGCUAAGAUCCUGUGUGAGACAGUAAAGGACUUUGUUGCCAAAGUGGGGAAGUCCUAUGAGAGAAGCACUGAGAAUACAGAGGAGUGUGACACCAUGUCUCUCAAAUGUGCCAUCCUGAAUGAGAAGCUAGAUUUGCUCCUUCAGACCCUCAACACAGAAACCCAGUCAUUUCCCCCACCUCCUCGCCUUUCCACACCCCCCAUCGUUGAGGAGGAGGAAGAAGAGGAGGAGUUGAGCGAGGAGUCGUUGACCGAGCUGAAGGAGAAACUGGAAGCGGAGGAGAGUGAGAAGGGAGGAGAGAACGGAGGAGGUUCGCCACACAAGAUGUUCAGAGCUAAAGAACAGUUGAUGCUACGGGCAAACAGCCUGAAGAAGGCUGUACGAGAGAUUAUGCAACAGGCAGAGAGAGUGGUGGAUGAGCAGAAUGCCAGCACGGAGGAGCAGGAGCUGCCGUCCACGUUUGAGUUCAGGAAGGAGGGAGAGGAGGACAACAGGGACAGUGAAAAGGACGAGGACACCAAGGAACUAGAGAUCCUGCCAUUGGCUAAGAGUCCUUGUUCCCCUCCUGAAAGGUGUGUGAGUCGCAGCAGCCAAUCAUGUGGCUCUUUCUCCAUCACACCCUUCACCACCAGCAAGGAGAACCUGCCUGUACUCAACACACGUAUCAUCUGCCCUGGUUUGCGUGCUGGUCUGGCAGCCUCUAUAGCUGGUAGCUCCAUCAUCAGUAAGAUGCUGCUGGCCAAUAUCGACCCAUUUGGAGCUACGCCCUUUCUGGACUCUGACCUGGACUCACUAGAGGGCUUUAGUGAGAAGUGUGUCAUGAACAACUACUUUGGCGUUGGGCUGGAUGCUAAGAUCACAUUGGAGUUCAACAACAAGAGGGAAGAACACCCAGAGAAGUGCAGGAGUCGUACUAAGAACAGGGUAUGGUAUGGGGUUCUGGGCACCAAGGAACUCCUCCAGAGAACCUACAAGAAUCUAGAACAGAAGGUUCAACUGGAGUGUGAUGGUCAGUACAUCCCCCUGCCCAGCCUUCAGGGCAUUGCGGUGCUGAACAUCCCCAGCUAUGCAGGUGGAACCAACUUCUGGGGAGGAACCAAGGAGGACGACAUAUUCUGUGCCCCGUCGUUUGAUGAUAAAAUCCUGGAGGUGGUAGCAGUGUUUGGCAGUAUGCAGAUGGCUGUGUCCAGAGUCAUCAAACUGCAACACCACCGCAUAGCACAGUGUCGGUCAGUGAAGAUCACUAUCCUGGGAGAUGAGGGUGUUCCUAUCCAAGUGGACGGAGAGGCCUGGGUACAACCUCCUGGAGUCAUUAAGAUCCAACACAAGAACAGAGCCCAGAUGUUGACCAGGGACAGGGCAUUUGAGAACACUCUGAAGUCGUGGGAGGACAAGCUGAAGUAUGACAAGCUGCCCUUGCGGUCUCACCUUUACUCCCAGCAGUCUGUGGACCUGGCCACUGAGGAGGAGGUGGCCCUCGUACAGCUGGUUGCCCGCGCUGCAGACGAUCUCAUCACCAGGAUCUGUGAGGCAGCCAAGACCAAUGGGCUUUUAGAGCAGGAGCUGGCUCACGCCGUCAAUGCCUCAUCACAUGCCAUCAACAAGACACACCCCAAGUUAGCCGAGAGUAUGGCCAGGAACACUGCUAUAGAAGUAGCCAGCAAUGUGAAGGCUUUACACAACGAGACUGAAUCCCUUCUGGUGGGACGAGUAUCACUGCAACUGGAACCCUCAGAUGAAGAGUCUUUAUCCAGUGCUCUGCAGAGUGUGGAGAUGGAGCUAGGCAAACUUGUAGAUAUUCCCUGGUUAUACCAUAUACUGCAGCCUAAUGAAGAUGAGGACCCCUCGUUAGAGUAUGGCAAGAGCAACAGUCGUAGCAGCAUGUUCAGAAUUGUGCCAAAGUUCAAGAAAGAGAAAGCUACCAAGAAGACCAACCCUCAGUCAGUGGAGCGAUGGGGUACAGAGGAGGUAGGAGUCUGGCUGGAGCAGCUCAGUCUGGGAGAGUACAGAGAUACCUUCACACGCCAUGACAUCAGAGGCUCUGAACUGCUGCACCUGGAGAGGAGGGACCUGAAGGAUCUGGGGAUAUCGAAAGUGGGUCAUAUGAAGAGAAUUCUCCAGGGAACUAAGGACCUGGCCAAGACCGCAAUGGUUGACCUCUAACCCAGAAGUAGUUGGUGCCAGAGUGGAAGUGCCCUUCCACCACAGAGAAAGAGUUUGGGAGCUCCACAGGGAGAGCUGAACGCCUGGCAUCUUGGGGUGGAUGGAUGGAUUUGAUCCUUUGAUGGAUUUAAGAAAGCUGUUGGUGAGAAAUUGUCUAACAGGAAUGUUUUAGUGAGGCUGUGUUUGGUGCCAAAAUAGAAGAUGGCAAUCUACAGUUGUUGACGGUUUAAAGAAGGAAGCCAUAGUUUUUCUCAAAAGAAAUGCUAAUUUUCUCUAAUCAUAUUUUCAUUCAUGGCCCAAUCGGGUAUGCAACUGAUCCUCAUUAUAAGAGUUGGUUUGGUCACCUGGCCUCAUAGAGAAGGCCCAAUCCAAGUAGCAACAAGGUGACUUCCAUGAGUGUGCCCUAACAAUGUGCUGUGAAUGUGUACAGUUCAGCACAGUCACUACAUUACCAUGCAGCUUUGUGAUUGGCUUACUGGCUCUUUGCCUGGCAGUAGAAGGCUACAGACGCAACGCUACAGUCUGCAAUAUCCUGCUUUCGCUGUUUACACCAGAGGAGAUAGGCGACGUCCCAAAUAGCACCCUCUUCCCUAUGUAGGGCACUACUUUUAAGUGGUGCACUAUGUAGGGAAUAGGGUGUGAUUACAGACGUGCCCUGGGAGAAGGAGAUGCAAUGCCACAACCUAAAGCGAGUGAAGAGAGGUCUCUGAAAACAGUGAGACAUAUGUUGCAUGCUAUGCUAGCUUGAUUUGGGAUAUCAAUUUUGAAUUGCAAGAUUAGUGUCUUGGUUCUUUUGUGUAAAAAUUGACUUUAUAGUAUUAUAUCAUUUGUUACUACUGAAAGCAUUAUUUUGGUAUGAAUCAACCUUUUUUGUUAAUUAUUUUUAUUUAUGUUUUUGUUUUUGCAUGAUAAUUAUGUGUCAAGGACCUGUGUCAUGUGCCACAUUUUAUUCAUUUUAUUGUAAAAAUGUGCUUUAUUGGUAAGAGAACAUCAGAAUAUAAAACAAGUUACUAGAUUAACUAUUAGGAGUUAUACUUUGUUUUCUGUUUAAAUGAAAAUCAGUACCAAAGUGAAUGUCCACUAAACUUCCAGACAUAAAUGUUAACUUUGAAAGUAGUGAAAAUAACAUAAUCAUGUUUGGGAUGAAUAUCAGUUCCAUAUAGAGUGUUAUAAAUUGGAUUCUAGAAUUCUGGAAACGUUCAAUAAAUUCCCUGGUUUCCCAGAAAUCUUGGUUGGACGAUCUGCAUUUCCUGCUUCUUAUCUUCUGAGUCCGGAAAACCUCCAACCGGGAUUUCGGGAAAACCACGGGAUUUAUUUACAUUUCCCGGAAUUUUGCAACCCUAGGCGUAAUCCAACAAUUUCAUAUUUUUAUGGAACGCUUGACAGGGACUUUUCCAUGUUGCUAUUUGCAAAGUUACAUCCUCAUAUCACUAGAUACAAUUCACCGCAAUCUCUAGCAUUUAAACACUCAAUAUUUCACAGAGUACCACUAUGGUAGUGGGAAUAGGAGUUAAAUGUUGAUUUAAGUAUAAGUUUGAGCAGCUCAUCUGCAACAGGAGAAAGUGCAGAUUUAGUUGCUCAGUGUGACAUGUAAUUGUAAUAGGACACUUUUGUUAGGUUGGUGGCAUUACAGGGUAUACCUAUAUAUGUGAUGCUAAGUAUGCAUAUACAAUAUAUGCACUGAAUAUAUACAAUCUAAAGCAGUGUAUGCAUACACUGUUCGUAGCUUUUGUAGUCAAAUGCCUCUGUAGAUUAUAGCUAACAGCUAACACGUUUUGAUGACCAUGUCUAUUGAUUUGCGCCAUGAACACCAAUUGUGGAUUAUUGAUUUUGUUAAAUAGGA